AUGAACAAAGCAUUGAGCCAAGUUUUCAAAUCACCCUUCACGAGGAAUAUAGAAGAUGCAGUUCUUCCUCGGCAAUUCCACCAGCCUACGUUCAUCCUGUAUGAUGGCCGGUCAGACCCAGUAGAACACGUUAGCCAUUUUAGCCAGAAAAUGGCUAUCUACUCUAGGGACGAGGCUUUGAUGUGCAAGGUUUUUCCAUCGAGUUUGGGUCCGGUGGCGAUGAGAUGGUUCAACGGCUUAAGGGCCAAUUCUAUUGAGUCCUUCAAAAAGCUGACCCGGGCUUUUGGCGCUCACUUUAUCACAUGCAGCAGGGUUCCUCGGCCUUUGGGAUCCUUGCUGACUAUGUCCAUGCGAGAGGGCGAGACUCUCAAAACUUAUUCGGAUAGGUACUGGGAAAUGUUUAAUGAAAUAGAAGGAGAGCACGAUGAUGUGGCCAUAAGUACUUUCAAAGCUGGCCUCCCAGCUGAUCAUGAUUUAAGGAAAUCCUUGACGGGUAAACCUGUUACCAGUGUACACCAGUUGAUGGACAGGAUUGAUAAGUACAGAAGAGUAGAGGAGGAUCAACUUCAAGGAAAGGGAAAGGCUAAUGUAAUCCCUCAGAGGAGGGAUUUCAGGUCAGACCGUUAUAACAGUAACCGACCUCGGAAAGACUUCGUCGGGCAGUCAGGUUCUACGGAUACCCAGGUGGUUAAUGCAGUGUUUCGGGAGCCGGUGCAGCAGGUUUUGGAGAAGAUAAAGAAUGAACCAUUUUUCAAAUGGCCGAAAAAGAUGGCGGGAGAGCCUAGGAAACGCAACCCGAACCUAUAUUGCCACUAUUAUCAGGAUCAUGGGCACACGACGGAAAAUUGCAGGAAUUUAUGGGAUCAUUUGGAACAGUUGGUCCGAGAGGGGAAAUUGAAGCAACUCUUGCAUCAUUCCAGUGGUAGGGCAAGUUAA